AGAGUGGAAAGACGGCAAAGGAGUAAGAGGCCACGAGACCCAGAGAUGAGAGGGGUCAUGACAACUAGGGGGGGCCGAAAGGCUUUGGCACAGCGAGAGGAGCCAGUGGAGGCAGUUCGGAAGGCGGAGCCAGCGCAGGCAGCGGAGUCAGCUCAGGUAGCAGAGCUACCCCCUACCCAUGGGCUUGAGCAGGUGGAGUUUCGCCGGAUCAAGGGUAGUGAUCUACAGGGCCCAUCGUCGACACUGCCAGAGGAGAGGGAGGUUGUACCAUUGAGGACGCCGCUUGACAGUCUGGAGACCCAUCUCGAUGCAUCCCAAUGGGGGGCUUCGCAGCUGGAGGCGGACCCAGACAAGCCGGCACGAUACGAGCCAGCAGACGAGCCAUCAGGCCCUGAGCUGGAAGUCGAGCCGCACGAGCCAGGGAAGCUGCGGGCAGAGGAGGUUAUUACCGUUAGGGAUAAUACCCCUCCUCCCACCCCAAUCCCAGAGCAGGUGUGGGAGUACUGGCCUCAGGGGAUUCCUGAGCCGGAUAGCGAGGAGAUUCCGGCACAACAAUCGGAAACUAUUACACCACCUCUAAAGCAGGCAGAGGCAGAGGAGCAAGAGGAGAUCGAGGGGGCGAGGACACAUACGGUUGUGGUACCACAGCUAGCCGAGCCUGCGGCUGAGCAUUUGGAUGUUGAGAUGCCAACAUUCGAGGGGCCACCGCCAGAGUUCCCACCUGCAGGAGAAGGGGUGAGUGUGGGAGUUCCAUUACGAGAGGCCCACGAGACGCGAGCGGAGAGGCCGUCAAGGGAGACGACUGAGGAGAAGUUCGCGAGAGUGCAGGAGGACGAGAGGGCGGAUGAGGCACGAGAGACUGGGGACUUGGGAUUUUCAGCCGCCAGGAUGGCAAUCGAGCGUACAGACAGGAGGAUACACCAGGUGGGGACCACGUCCUUCCAGCGAUAUACUAUGCUUAGAGACGAGUUGGCGGCCUCGACGAUGGAGGUGGAGCAACUGUCUGUUCAACUAGUAGAAGAGAGGGCGAAAAACCAAGCCUGGAGGUCUCGCAUGGAAGCCAGGGAAGCUGAGUGGGAGAGGAGGCUCCAGGAUAUGGCGGCGGUUGUGGAGAGGCUCUCGACCACCAAGGUGGUCGACUGGACAGAGCAAAGUCGGUAUGGUAUCCAAGGAGAGGAGGUGCGGGGACUCUUUGGCCAAGGGGGGACGACAGGGCCACCUCAGCAAGAGGGGAUGAAGAAGGUAUUCCUGGACCCAACGAAAACGAAAGCAAGGCGGAAGGCCGAGGAGGGGAGUUUCAGCUUCAAGGCUCCCACAAAGUUGGCCUCGCAACAGGCCACCCCUAUAACGAUUGAGACCCCUGCAAGUGAGCCAGCGCAAAGACCCCAAUCCCCACUAGUGGAAGGGGGUCCCGCAGAGGAGUCCCCUGCGAUUCUUUUGGAGGUGCGAGGAGGUACCUUUACGGGGGCAGUGGCGUCCGCUGAGCCAGAGGCAAUGGAGGAGGAGGCAUCUCAUUUGGACGAGCUAGUGGCGGCCAUGAAACUGGAUAUACCAUCAGGAGGGUCUCAGGGACGCAAGACCCCGGAGCGUGUGCCAAAAAUGGGGGAGUUGAAGACACGAUUGGGCUCUUGGGCCACAGAGGCUGACUCAGGGGGAUGGGCCUCAGAGCAGCAGCAGGAGGUUAUGAGUGGGCCAGCGGCAGCCGUGACUCCUCAGCCAUCAGAGCCACAUGGGGACGAGGGGGCGACUAGGACGGAAGAGGUUCACGAGGCCAUGGUGCAGUGUACACCUGCGCCCUCCGCAGUAGUGGGUUUCCUGACAUCUCCGUCGCGGUUCGCCCCUCUCGCUACUGGAGUUGAGUUCACUCACUUCAUUCGACAGGACGACGUCACCUUCUUUAUGGUGGACGUGACGGAUCUCUUACACUAUGAUCCACUCUGUCUCGACGCCGAGCUCAUCCCUCUGGAGCCAGAUCCUCCGUCUAUCUCCAUGGCUCUCAUCUCUACUUCCGUCCCUCCGCCGUCCGUCGAGUCCACCCCGCGGUCGGGCGCUGACGUUGACGCUGAGGAACUCGCACGAUAUACGGCUCACCUAGAGCCCGCAGUUCGUGACCUCAUCCGAGAGUACCACGACGUUUUCCCAUCGUCGUUCUUGUACGCCGGCAUCCCACCGAUGCGGGACGUCGAGCACUCCAUUCAGCUUGUGCCUGACUAUCGUGUUCACCACCAGGCACCCUACAGACUCUCGAUUCCCAAGGCCACUGAACUCAAGCGUCAGCUUGAGGAGCUCCUGAGACUGGGUUUCAUUAAACCCAGCAACUCCUCAUGGGGUGCACCCGUCCUCUUUGCUCGCAAAGCGGAUGGAACUCUCCGUCUCUGCAUCGACUAUCGCGGUCUCAACCGCUACACGGUUAAGAACAGUUACCCCAUGCCUCGUUCCGAUGAGUUGUUCGACCGCCUAGCAGGCAACCGCUUCUUUACAAAGAUUGAUCUUCGUAGCGUUUACCAUCAAAUCCGCGUCGCUGCAGCCGACCAGCAGAAGACAGCGUUCCGAUCGCAUUUCGGACACUACGAGUUUAUAGUGAUGCCAUUCGGCCUCACCAAUGCACCCGCCACCUUCCAAAGGGCGAUGAACGACAUCUUCAGGGACAUCCUGGAGCAGUACGUUCUCGUCUACCUCGACGAUAUCCUGGUCUACAGUCGUACCCUUGAGGAGCACCUCAGACACCUCCGCGACGUCCUUGACCGUUUGCGCAGACAUGGCUUCUACGCCAAGCUGAGCAAGUGCCGCUUUGCCCAGCACAAAGUGGAUUUCUUAGGACACUACGUGUCUGACCAGGGUCUCCACAUGGACGACGCGAAGAUCACUGCUAUUGCGGAGUGGCCCGCCCCCACAUCCGCCAAGCAGCUUCGCAGCUUCCUAGGCCUGACCAGCUACUAUAAUAACUUCAUCCGGGGAUACGCUAGGUAUUCCUAUGGCACCAGAGAGCCCCGUAUUUGCGUUCCCUCCAUUGGACAGCCACGUGUCCGAGCAGUAGCCGAGUUCCAUAACCAGGCAGUUGCCGGUCAUAUGGGCUUCCACAAGACGUUGGCUCGUGUGAGCCGCCUGUACGUCUGGCCGAAGCGCAAGGACUUUGUGAAGGACUACGUCGCAGAGAGUCCCACCUGUCAGGAGGUGAACAGUGCGAACCACCUGCCUUAUGGUUUGCUCCAGCCUCUUCCUAUCCCUGAGGGUCGUUGGCAGUCCAUCUCGAUGGACUUUAUCGGUCCUCUUCGUCCUCCGACUCCUCACGGACAUGAUGCUAUCCUGGUCGUCGUCGAUCGCUUCACGAAGCGUGCACGCUUUGUUCCGUGCCGCUAUGCCAUCAGUGCACGUGAGGUCGCCGACAUCGUGUUUGACCGAGUCGUGCGUGACCACGGCUUACCUCUGAGCAUCAUAUCUGACCGUGACCCGCGGUUUACCAGUCGAUUCUGGCGACGACUCCACGAGGUAUACGGCACUCAGCUCCGCUUCUCCUCGUCUUACCAUCCUCAGACUGAUGGUCAGACCGAGAUCACGAACAGGACUCUCGAAGAUAUUCUUCGAAAGAUUGUUCGUAACGACCAGCAGUGGGAUCUUCAUCUUGCCCACGCGGAGAUAGCCUACAACCACGCCGUCUCGCCAGCCAUGGGGAUGUCGCCUUACUAUUGCGACCUCGGCUAUCACCCUCGUGUUCCUGCGGACUUCCUUCGACCGUCACAGAUGCACCCCGACACGAGUUGUCCCGCGCUGGAUGAUUGGGUUGCACACAUGACGUCGAUCAUGAAGACCGCACAUGAGCACAUAGCCGCUUCCCAGACUCGCAUGGCAGCACGUGCGAACCGAUCGAGGAUGGACCAUCCAUUCAAAGUCGGUGAUGAUGUGCUUAUCGACGCCCGCCACUUACAGCUCGAAGCGGACACGCUUUGCAAGUUUCGGCGUCACUUCUUUGGCCCAUGCCGCAUCCUCUAGGUCGUCGGUUCUGAUACGGCAUCUAGCCCGGUCAGCUUUCGU